UACAGAAGCAGAAACAAGCUACAAGUUCCUUUGCUGAUUCAUUCAUGGAUGUCACCAAAGACGAAGCUGCCACAGCAGAAGCAGAAGGUGGAGGUGCUGAUCAACCUCCAAAUCCCAUUUCCAAUUCAAACCCUAACCCUAAUCCACUCAACACCACAAGAGGAUCCAAAGGAAAAUCAUGCACUGGAUGCACCUACUACUCCUCGCUUCGUAAAGCCAAAUCCAAAAACCCCACUUGCAUUGGCCUCUCCAGAACACGCCAAGCACCGCCUGCUGUGGGAAAAAUUGAAUUGAAAGCUUAUAGAGAAGGCCUUAGCCUUGCAAAUUUCAAGUACGCAUGUAUUGGAUACUCUGUCUACUUAGACAAGAAGGAUUCUUCUGCUGACUUGCAAGAUAAAACAUCAAAACUGCCCUAUUGCGUUGGUAUUGAGGCGGUGUUUAAUCAGAGGCCUUCAACUUCAACUGUUGGCCAUGCUCCUGCUCCUGUUCAUAAAGCUGAAGAACAUAAUCAUGUUACUCCUCAACCACCAAGUUAUAAACCUCCAAUUCCAAAUAUUACAGGAGAAGAAUUCUUAAACAGGUUUCAAAGAAAUGCAAGCCUAGUUGCAGCUGGUGUAGCCAAAAACUUGAACAGAGUGGGUCACUAUGUAAAAGAGACCCUUGGUGACAUGCUUAAUAGGCGAUCGAAGUGAAAGAGGAGUGUGCCAGUUCCAUGACUUGAUCUACUAAGAAGGGGAUUUUUUUUUUCUUCACCUUAGUUGCAUGGCCAAAUAGCAUAAGAGAAGCACCUCCUGAUGUUAAUUUUUUUCCUGGUUACAUGGCAUAAAACAAUAUAUACAAGGAUGCUUAAUGUAUGUAGAACUUGUGCAUUGUAGCAUUUUGUGUGUUUUUCUCAUUUACCUUAUUUGGCUGUUUUUUGUUUUUUCUUGAGGAGAGGAAAAAUAUGUUUAAGUAAAAAAGUGUCUUAUGGCAUCUGGAAUGUCAUUUAUUAAGAGAAUGAAAAAGCAUGAAAACUGUA